AUGGGUAUAUUAAUUGGCGCUUUCCUUAUCCUUCCCAUCCCACAGUUGGCAAUAGUAGUAUUCUUUUUCAAGUCAGGAGGCUCCGGACAUUUCGGCCAAAGAGUGACCACCGUGAACGUGUUCCUUGUUAUGCAUUAUCUGACAAGGGUUUUCCUAAUCUACAGAUUCGGUAAUUAUCUUUAG